ACUACAAUCAAAUCAAAUCAAUUGAUAGCACAGAAUUUUUACAAAUCCGUUUAUUUUUAUUUCAUGGAAAACGAUAGAUUCUUGAAAUGAUUACAAGAUUAAUGGUGUUCAGAGUUUAGAUGUUACUAUUAAUGGCAAAAUUGCCGGAUGGCUGGGUUUAGCUGGUACCUUUCUGAGGGCUUCCAAGUAAUUAUUGAGAAGUCAAAAGAGGCGAAAUGUUCAUUAAAAGAUGUACAGUUGCGUUUCUUGUGCCCUGAUGAUUUAGAAGAGGUUAGAUCUUUAUGUAGAGAUUGGUUUCCAAUAGAAUAUCCACAAUCAUGGUAUGAAGACAUCACUUCAUCAGAGAGGUUCUUUGCCUUGGCGGCUGUAUACAAGAGCCAGAUAAUAGGUCUCAUAGUUGCUGAGAUCAAGCCAUAUCUGAAACUUAAUGCAGAGGACAGAGGGAUUUUAUCAAGAUGGUUUGCAUCGAAGGACACUCUUGUGGCUUACAUACUGUCUUUGGGUGUGGUCCGUGCAUACCGGCGCUCGGGCGUGGCCAGCAUGCUGCUGGACGUGCUGCUGGCGCAGCUGGCGGGCGCGCUUCCGCAGCCACCUCACGAGCACCGCGUCAAGGCGAUCUUCCUGCACGUGCUCACCACCAACAGUGAAGCCAUAUUGUUCUAUGAGAAACGCAGAUUCAGGCUACACUCGUUCCUGCCUUACUACUAUUCGAUAAAGGGGCGUUGUAAAGACGGUUUCACAUACGUGUACUACGUUAACGGCGGUCACGCGCCCUGGGGCCUGUACGACUAUGUGAAGUACGUUGCGCGAGCGGCCUUUCGUGGCGGCGGCUUAUACCCCUGGCUUUGGGGCAAACUCAGGACGGCGCUCACCAUCGCUUGGCACAGAUAGUGUAAGCACCAGUUUAUUUAAGCCCUGGGGACUGGUUCCGUAGGACUGAAUAGCUAAAUUAGCGAUUUUCGCAUACCAUUCACAGUCUAUCAGCUCAUACAAAACUGUCAUAUUGAUGUGUGACAGUUUUGUAUUACAACAUAAUAUGCUGAUGAGAAUCGCUAUAUUUUGCAUUUAGACUAAUGGAAUACAUAAUCGAGUUGGUCACAUACAUUGCGCGACGGCUGCGACGCGUGACGGCAGAGGUUCCGAAAAGUAGUAAUGCAAAGAUAUGAAGGCAUUCACGUUGUGAACCUGCGCCGCUGCCUUGACGCUUCACAAUGCUGCGUACCAAUCUCUGGGUGAUUCACGCGUCGCUGCCUUCGCGUGUUGUCUGACCAGGCAUUUAUACAGCGAAAACUUGACAAUCGUAUCAUGAACUGCCAUUUGGGCUUUAUAAGAAUUGGCUGUUAGGCCGUAAUUUUGAUGGUUGUUACAGUGUACGGUACGUACUACACGUUUACAGUAUGCAAUACUAAAGUUCAACUAAGCCGUGUUUUCAUAAGGCAACCUGGGUAGAACGACUUGGUCAAUCAACUGAUAAUAAUCAACCGUGUAAACAAUAUUUCAACCAAAUUAUUUGACUUUUGUUUUGAUUGGACUAAAGUAGAAAGACCAUCUACUUUUUGCGCUCGACAUAUAACGUGGUGAAUCGAACCCCUACAAGUUGAGCAUCUAGACACCUGUUCGACCACAUCGUGCGACUAGCUAUUAGACUAGAUUUAUUAAUUUUAGGUUUUUUUGCUUUUUAUGGGAAAGAAUAUCGCUAGUCUAGUAUCCAGACUUAAGGUAGGUAUAUAUUUUAUUUCUGGAUUUACUUUACUAUUUAUUAAUACCCCACAAAUAGUUUUAAUUCUGGCUGACACAAGUUUAUACGGUGCCAUAUUUCUGUGUAUGCUGAUUUUGACCGCGAUUUCGUCGAAACAUGUGAAUAUGUUUUGUAAAAUGACUUCAUCCGAAUACCCAAGUCAUUCUACCCAGGUCCUGUGAAAAUGCGGCUUAGUGGUGCCAAACUACGCUGGGCAAGGGAACUAUGAGCUGGCAUCGGCCCCAGCAAGGCACCUUAGGUUAUACCUUAAAAUCCAAUGGUAUGGCUCACCUUUGGUGGCACACUGUACUCUUUGAUAUUUAUCAUUUAGAAAUUUCAAUUGUGUAAACAGCAUAUUUGUCUCUACAUCCGAUUUGAUAAAAACCACAAUACAAAAAGUCUUAAAGUGUCAAAAAGUGUUAUAUUACGAAAAAAAAUACGAAAAUAUAAACUUUUGCUAGUUAAAAAUACCAUUCCUUCUUAUUUAUUUACAUAGUUGGAAAUUUCUAAUUGAUCGGAGUUUAAAUAGGAUUAUUGUGAGUAGGAAACCCUACAGUAAAAUUAAAAUAACGUUGCUUUGUUGGCACAUUGUUAUUUCGUAUAAGUAUGUUAAUGUUCGACGAAAAUAACUUCUAACUUUUACAAAUCGACCCUAUUAUUAAAUCGUAUUGUUAUAAUAGGCUAAGAUCAGAGGAUCGCUUUGAAUCGCGGUGUUAGGUUACUAUGACGGCAUUUUUUUGUUAAAUCUUUGAAUCAAAAUAUUUGGUUGUGCACAAAUCUCACAGCCAAAAUCAAUAAUAAUAAUAAUAAUCAAUGUAUCCGUAAUCGAUAAGUUAACAACCUUGUUAUUUGUUAAAAAAGACCUAAAAUUUUUGACAAAUAACAAUGUUGCUAAGAAACUUAUUGCAGAUUGAUUGAUUAUUAAUUUAAUGGUUUAAAAUUAGUGUUGUCCUUUUCACAAUGUUCAAUGCGGAAAAGAAUAGCAGUAAUUUUAGUACUGAGUAAGAGAUUUGUGUUCAACUAAAUAAAAUCAUUAUUAUAUUGUUUUGUGUUGCUUGACAUCUUUCUUUAUAGACUGCUCUAUUGCGAAACGAAAUAAUCAAAAUGAAAAUUUUAAAACUGUUUAGCAACUAAUAUCGUAGAAACACCUGUUAUUAAACUAAAACAAUAAUUAUGGGAUGAUGAAGAUGAAUAAUAAUUUAUCCCACUGUAAUGUCUCAAAUUUUUUUUACUUCUUCCUCGUAAACGUCGACUUCAAGGCCAUGACUCAAAGCAAAGGAAUUGAGUAAUCAGAUAGCAGGAUUAUGUUCACUGACUAUACGCAGUGCGUGCAUCGAUAAUACUACUUCCUUUCAAUUGUCCAUUGAACAAAAUCGAAUUUAAUAUGACAAUUAUACACAUUAUACCUACCCAUGUAAAUAAUAUCAGUCAUAAUAAGAAAUACAAUACAAACUAUGAGUAUUAAUUGAUACCUGGGCUGUCCAAAUGACAUCUUCAAUGAAUAUUAGACAACUGUUAUAAUUAAAUUUAUGUGGCGGUCAGAUGUUAAUUGAUCGCGUAGGCGAUGUGGUCUCAUUGCGACGGCAAUCGUUAGCCGUAAUCAUAAAUUCAUCUAUUUGUGAUGAGCUUACGAACGUCAAAAAUAUCCGCUCGACCAUGGCUCGACCACGAAUGGGCAUAUAUUUUGUCAUUUAUAUUAUGUUUCUGCUGUAAACGAAAUAAAUUCGAAGUGACAGUUUUUCUGUCAAAUUUUGUAUUUGACUACAUAUUUGCAUAAAAGGUGGCUAAAACUUGGUAACACAUUUGUUCAGCAAAAUUGUAAAAUCGAAAAAAUAUCGAUUUCUAUUAGAUCGAUCAAUUAUAAUUACAAAUAAAUACAUUUUUUGUUUAUAAAAAAAAAUCUAGGUGCAGUGUACAGUCCGGGUUUAUAAAUUUUAAUGUGCUGUGCAGGUGUCACAUAAUUUUAUGUAAGAAAUUUUUGUUAGAGGAUACAACUAUUUUAACGUUAAAUACAUAGGCUAGGUAAAUAAUAUUUAAACGAAAUUAUAAUAUAAUAAGGUUAAACACCAAAGGUUUUAGGCAAUAAAAUUUUAAAGUAAAUACAUAAUCAUAUCACCCAAACAGGACAAAAUUCAUCCAACAUUCUUUAUACUGAAACUCACCAAUAAGAUUGCAUACUGUCACUACUCAUAAAGCACCACGAAACUAUGCUCUAUUAAGGUAACUAGUACACCUUUUAUUUUAAUAUCUACGCAAGCAUUCUCACAAAUUAGUUCCUCUUAUUUCACACUACUUUGUAUUGCGCUUUUAUCAGCACGGCUUAAAAUAUUAAAAAAGUAUAAGAUCUAGUGAAAAAUGUAUUAUAAUAUUAUAUGAAAUCCUGUUUGACAUGGUGUAUAGUAUAGUAAUAAUGUAGUGUGUGCAUGUUUUUUUUUUUGGGGAAAACCUAACAGAGUAUUGUUUAUUUGUUAUACAUUUAUAUUAUACCUAUAUUUGCUAUUAUUAAUAGGUAAGAAAAGUGACAAAUAUAGACUAAAUGCUUGAUACAGCAUACUUCCUAUGCAUACUUCAUACUUGUGAAGUAACGCAUACUUCAUACGUGUACAGUAACUCAAGGACAGUAGAUAUACAUAUAUUUCAGACUAUCAAACAU